AUGGACUUGCUUGGGAGAAAGACGGAAAAAACUGUAAACGAAAGAUUACGGAGUCUAUCAAGGAUACUUUCUGAUGACGCCGAAGCUACAGAAAAAUUACUUUCUAAUUUUGAAGACCAUUUGGACUCUCAGAGCUCAGACCAUCUGCUUCUUUUGAAGCAAGAACUGCAGAGUCGUUUCUUAAAUCGGGAAAAAAUGAUUUGUGAAGCGGAAGAUUAUCUACAAAAAAUUGAGGCUUUACGAACAAGCGAGAUAGAGCAUAUGAUGCAACGAGCCUAUAAAGACCUUGUAAACAUUGGAUAUUUAGGUAAAGAAGACAUUGUUGCUUUUAUGGAAGGGCUCGUUAAGGCUGUUAAUCGGAUUUUGAUUGACAACCAACGACUAAUUUCGCAUUUAGGGAAACAACUUAAGCUAAAAGAAUUAAUUCAGGAAAAGGAGAGCAUAGAUAGAUAUACGGAGCUAACCGAAAAAUGGAUAGAACUUCAGUGUAUGAACGCCUGUCGAGACUACAGUUUCUUCCUGAAAAGAAAAAUGGAUUUUUUGGGCUCAGAAUUUGGAAACAUUAUCAAGGAAUGGGAGACUACAAUGCAAGGUUUUGCAAAAGAAAAAGAAACUAUUUUCGGUGAAUUCAUGAAUUUCCUACCACCAGAUGUAACAUCCACCGAUGUUGACUCUUGUUAUGAUAAGCUAGUGAUCGUUCUGAAGAAAAUGGGUAAGGUUAUGGAUAAAAAUGCAGCUUUUGUAACUGAAUCAGAUAUCCAAGUUCUUCGUGACCAGCUUCUACCAAAAAUAAAUGAACAAAAAGAAGCAAAUAUUUGUCAACUUAGAAACAUCCAGGACACUCUAGCAGUCGAGCACAAGCUUAUAGUUCUCAACUGCACUACACUGUAUAGAACGGUCCAGAAUGCAAUGGACCUUUGGAAUGAAAUCACAAAGACAUUAACAGAAAAAGAGCGGGAACUUGAAGCAGUAUGCCAAAUAUGUGUUUCUCGACAAGAACAGCGCUUGCAGGUACAAGAAACACGACUGAUGCAUUUGUUAAGACAGUUACGAGAAGGACAUCCUGUAAGUCAUGAAGACACCAUUAAUAAAAUUCAAGAGUUAAUGGAAGAAAUUGAAUAUAGGCUGGAUGGAAAUUAUAAUACUGAGAAAAACCACGAUCCAACUACAAAUACUGCAACUGAUAAUGAAUGUAAUUUAAACAGCUCUGACGAAGACGCAAAAAGUGGGCUAGAUGAAUAUGCACAUCGUUUAAAAAACAUAUUCAAGUUAAUAAAAGUUGAUCCAAGAUUUCUUCAGGAUUUGGGAAAUUCAGUGAGAAAAAAUUUCACCCAACACCUUGAAGAUACUCGUAAAGAAAUGAGUGAAAACACAGAACGCAUUUUAGCUGGAAAGCUGGAAGACUUGGCCAGAAAGCUAGAAAGAGAACUAUAUAUUCAACAGAAGCGUACACAAAACAUAAUUCCCGAAACACUGAAAGAAAGACAACAAGAAAUCCAACUUCAUAAGAGUCGGAUUUCAAAGUUUAUAACGGAAGUAACUUCUAAUCUACAAAAAUUAGAAGCUGAUAACGAUGCUGUGGUUUCUUCAGUAACAACUACAAAGUGUGCCUUAUCUAAGGAGAUGUCAGAAGCUGUAACGCAGCUUUUGGAAAUUAAUUCUUCUAAAAGACUUAAACAGAAAGUAGAAAGCCUCAAGGAAAAAGACAAAUCUUUUAAAAAUGACCAGAAAUUGAAACUCCAAGCAUUUCGUCAGCAAGCCGAAAAAGAUUUCAUUUACCUUCGCCAGUCUACAGUUGACUUCAUCCAAAGUGUCAGGACAUUUACAGAUUCAGGAACCUACAGUGUUCAAGAACUAGAAGGCAUACCAAAAAACCUGGAAUAUCUGAGCAAGAACAUCAAUAGUUCUGAAAAGAAGGUUUUGUUUUCACUUCAGGAGGUUGAGAAGAGUGUUAAAUACGACGAUAUUUUAUGGGAAAAAAUUUUUGAAAUCAUUCGUCGUGAUGUUGGAGCUGUUACCUAG